AUGUACGACACCGCUCGAUCACGCGCCGAAAUCCACACAUUUACCGAACCAAAAGAAGUCCUCCUUGUAUCGUCCAAUGGACAAAUAAUGGAAGGAUCCCUCACAACACCUUUCUUUUAUCGCGAUAGAAAAUGGGUAACGCCUUCUGAGGAAUGUGGUGGUCAGAUUGGUACGACGAGACGGUGGGCAUUAGAGAAGGGCACCCAAACCACCAUCCCCAUCACCUCCCUAACCGAAAACGAAGAAUGUUGGAUCAGUAAUGGAGUACGAGGAUUUACUUUUGGAAGAAUAAAAUUUUUGUCUUGA